UUUAUAACAUUAAACUUUUAUCUUUAAUUUAUCGAUUUUUAAUUAUUAUGUAAUGCAACUAAUUACCGAUUUCAGUUUACAUCUUCGAAUCGUUGCCAGUGGAGACCAACGCCUACUCACGAUGGCUAGAAACCCAUCGAGGACCUCUUCUGGUCGGGGGGCUUCUAUAGAUUUAAAUACUAUUAAUGACGAUGAUGAAGAUCACGUUGCCACAAAUUUAAGCCGGCCCUAUAGCUCGCCGCAAGAACGCCGCAAGCGCCGCUGCUCUCCGCCCAACUCUCGUUCAAGAAUUAACGCGUCGAACGCGCCGACUUCUACCCAUAUCGAAUCUAAUGCUGUCAACCACCCGUCUAAACGCCAAAAGCUAUCGAAUGGCACCGGUCAUAAAGCAGCUACUCCAAUACCGGACACAGAGGCAUUAACAAGAUGCUUACAGACGCAGGUGUUCCCACACCUCGACGCCGCCGUCAAGGAGCUGGAUAAGAAUGUCUUCGACGUUGAAAAGCUUGGCGGGAAAGUUAUUAGUACGAUCGCUGAUGACGAGUUCCAACUGCACUUCCACAAGGGCAACGGCCGUCUCCCUCCGAAUAUCGAGUCAUCUAUCAUUGGGCGCAUUUAUAAAUUAGUAGCUGAAUUCACGGCGGGAAAUGUAAGUUUUCCCGUUCCUAAUAUACUUCUCCAGGGUAGCACCUCUGACAUAUUAUAGGAAUUCCGACACCGUCCUACUACCCGUGCCGUUUCAAAACCGACACCGGCGCCCGCUAAAAGAACCAUAGCAAAGUCGAUCCCGAGCAUUCUUCCUUCUAUCGAGAAGCCACCAUCUGAGUUGAUAUCGAAUAAUAAUGUCGAGGACGACAGCAACGACUCGUACGACGACGAUGCCUCGUGUAGCGAUGAAGCGGAUCUUUGUGAAACCGAAGAGAAAUUGAAUGAUAUUA